AUGAAACAGAUUAAGGUUCUGAACCCAGCUCUGUACAACAAGAAGUCAGCAGUGUUGGUGUUACACCACGUUCCAGAGGGACUGAUAAAGGCGCCAGGUGUCCUCACGAUCGGCACCAUCAUGCCUUUACACGAAGCCGACGCCGAGCACGGAUGCACGAAGUACAUUGACACUGUUUUACUGCAGUAUAUGUACGCAAUCGUUUAUGCCGUCGAAAAGAUUAACAACGACAGUGAAAUCUUACCCGGAAUCACGCUGGGCUACACGAUAUAUGAUAGUUGUCAGAAGGAUACCAUAGCCAUUGCCAGAGCGUUGAACUUCAUUAAGAUCAGAGAUGAUCCGCAAAAUGUGACCGAUGCCAACGAUGACGCUGUUGGGACAGCACUUUGUGACCACUGUGACGUCGUCGGUGUUAUUGGUGAAAUGUUCAGCCAUAUUAGCGUGCAAAUUUCACACAUUCUUCAGUUGUUACAAAUACCACAAGUCAGCCCAUUCUCUACCAGCGACGUGUUGAGUGACAAAAGUGAGUUUCCCUACUUCAUGCGCACUGUGCCCGCCGACACCAACCAAGUGGCCGCCAUGGUGUCACUAAUAAAUAGAUUUGGUUGGAGUUACGUCUCAAUGCUAUACGUUGAAGGCAGCUACGGUGAAAACGCCGCAAGACUAUUUCAGCUGCUUGUCAGCAAGAAUAACGGACUGUGUAUCGGCUUGUAUCGUAAGCUUUCGCUACGAAAGGCGGGUGGGACUGAAUCGGAGUACGACCUGGUCGUUGAUGAGCUGCUACAGCACAUGAACGCUAAGGUUGUUGUUCUGUUUCUCUACCAAAGCCAGCUUUCUCUUCUGAUGAAAUCCGUACAGCGAGCCAAUAUCACGAACCAUUUUAUAUGGAUUCUCAGCGACGAUUCCGCGUACGAACCGUUCACAGGUUACGAGGAUGUUAUGGAUGGUGCAAUCAUCGUAGGUCUGUGGACGCCACUUGUUGAUCCGGAACUGGAAUCGUGGUGGCAGAACCGGACGCUAGAGGACUCUGAAAACAAUAGAUGGAUCCGCGAGAGUUGGGAACAGGCGCAUAACUGCAGCUUCACUCUAGACACGUGCCGAGUUGAUGAAACGUUAACGCAUCGGCCGUUAAAGCGUGGUGUCUAUCACGUUACGAACGCGGUUUACUCGUUCGCCUACGCUCUUGACGCUGUUGUACGAGAUCACUGCGUCAGCGUCAGCGGCCUGAUGUUGCGUCGCUGCGUCACGGGUCCGCGUCUGCUCGCGUAUCUGAAGAACGUUUCGUUUGAAAGCUAUCCUGGUCACGUCAUACGCUUCGACGAAAACGGAAACAUAUCUCCGCGGUAUAUAAUCCUGCAUUUUAUCCGCGACGAUAACGCCAGUCAUCGUAUCGUUGACGUCGGCACGUGGGAAAGCAGCAAACUUGUCAUAAACGAGACGCUACUAUCUUGGAUGCGAGCCACGGGAGAAUCACCAGAGUCCGUCUGCAGCAGGCCUUGUCCCGUCCGCCAUUACCGCAUCCAGCUGAAGCAAAGCUGCUGCUGGAAGUGUCAACCAUGCCGCGACAACGAAUACCUUAUCAACAACGCCACCGACUGCGUGCCCUGCUCCGCCCUCUACUGGCCGAGCGAGCGCGACGCGUUCCUCUGCGAGGAGAUCUACCUGGAGUACAUACGAUACUCGGAUAUGGUUGCCAUCGCGUUCUCUGUAGUCGCUGCUUGUGGCAUCGCAGCAGUGGCGAUGGUAGCUGCUGUGUUCGCGAAGGAGAGAAAGGCACAGCUCAUCAAAGCCUGCAGUAAAGAGCUGAGCGCUGUCAUGCUGUCUGGAAUCCUUCUGAGCUUCGUGCUGGUGUUGCUGAUGCUCGCUCCUCCGUCAGCCGUCACUUGCACACUCAUGGAGCUGGGUCUACCGCUGUCAUUCACGACCAUCUACGCACCGCUGCUGAUACGCACAAACCGCAUCUAUAGGAUAUUUACUGCUGGGAAAAAUAGUAACGUGCGACCGCCGUUUGUCAGUUCCAAAUCACAACUUAUAUUCACCUUCAUCAUCACAGCAAUUCAACUGUUGUCCAGCAUAGUGACGGCUAUCGUUGUACCGCCUGUACCCACCAAGCAACAGAGGUCGCUGAGUGUACCGUACGUCGAGAUGUACUGCUGGCUGGCGCCUGUAGAACUCCAUUCAUCCGCCAUCUUCAACCUGCUUCUGGUCGUCGCCUGCACCUACUACGCCGUAAAGACACGUAAACUGCCGCACAACUUCAACGAGUCGCGUUUCAUCGGGAUGCUCGUCUCUGCACAUGGUAUCGGGAAUUUCAUCCAGCAGAAGUCGAAGCCGAAGCAGAAGAGCAAGACGACGAAUAUAAUGCAGCGGUUUCCGAGCUAUACGCACGUAGGGAAACACAUGGAAUUGAUGGCAGCCAAGCUUCAGGAUGGCUACCAAUCUUCAAGAUGGCGGCCAAGCUUCAAGGUGGCUGCCAAGUAUGAAGAUGGCUACCAAACUUCAAGAUAG